UCCCCCUGAGAAGAGUUUAGGAAACAGCAACACUCUAGAGAUACUGUACUAUGCAGUUGUCUUUAACGUUCUUCAGAAAUGUGUGACUCUAUCUGAUUUAAAUGUAACAGACAGAAAGAAUCAAUAUAUGAAUUUAAAAUUAAAAGAAGAAGAGACAUCUCUUAUUAUGCAAGGUUAAUUAGAUCUUUGCUGCUCAGUAUGUUAGCUUUAUAAAAUGUUAAAUCACCUUCAUUUGGCAGCUACUUAACAAUAAAGUGACCUUAGAAAGAUGACAACUUUUGUAGAGGAGAAAGAACUCCAGGAGAGACUGAGAGAAGCAGCUGCUUUGGGAGAUAUUGGGGAGGUCCAAAGACUGGUGGAAUUCGGAGUGAAUGUCAACUCUCAAAAUGAAAUCAACGGCUGGACUUGUUUGCACUGGGCAUGCAAACGGAACCAUGCUCAAGUGGUGUCUUAUCUGAUAGAGUCUGGUGCUGAUAAGGAGAUUCUCACAAGUAAAGGAGAAACGCCAGCCCAGUUAACCUCAAAGAGAGAGAUUAGGAAAACAUUGGGAGUGGAAGAGGAUGAACUUGCAGAUUUGAAGCAAGACUCAGACUUGCCAAUUGUCCCGAAUUAUUUGGCUAAUCCACCUUUCCCUUAUGUUUAUAACACAAUGAGUAACAGCAUUCCAGACCCUUCCACAGGCUCGCUGAAUGGAAGCUUCCCCAUAUCCUUAGAAUUGCAAGCUGUAGAUUAUCCCAUUUCAUUACCUCGAGUCAAAGCAUGCACUUCUGCAACAUCACAACAUGAAAAUGUUGCUUCUGCAGUGGCUGAUAAUGAAGAUAUGUUGACAUCACCCGGAGCCUGUACCAUGCCAGAAUGCCCAAAGCCUGUAGUCCAGAAUGGUCCCAUUCACCAGGCAUCUGUGCCUCAGAGCAGAAGUUUCCCUUCUCCAGCUGCAUCAAAACAGCCUGUAUCUCAGCAACAGAAUGGCUCAUGUCUGGGGCCUAUGCCAACAUUUCAGCCAUUUUUCUUCCCUGGAGCUUUCCCAUUUAAUAUGCAAGAACUGGUGCUUAAGGUGAGAAUUCAGAACCUUUCUCUUAGAGAGAAUGACUUCAUUGAAAUUGAACUGGACAGACAAGAAUUAACCUAUAAGGAACUGCUCAGAGUGAGUUGCAGUGAAUUGGGUGUUAAUCCAGAACAUGUAGAGAAGAUCAGAAAAUUACCAAAUACGGUAUUAAGAAAGGACAAAGAUGUUGCAAGACUUCAGGAUUUCCAAGAACUGGAGCUGGUUCUAAUAAUCAACGACAAUAACUUUCUGUUUAGAAAUGCUGCAUCUACAUUGACUGAAAGGCCUUGUUACAACAAGAAAGCAUCAAAACUGACUUAUUAACUGUUUAAAGCAGCAUAAAACAAAAUAUUUGUAUCUUGUGCUUUAAAGCAAUGAACUUAUAAGGGCUAAUAUCCUGAAAAAUUCUAUUUUAUUACUUUUGAGAUAAAGUUGACAUGUCAUGCACAGUUACAACCUACAGCUCAUCUCAGACUAACUUGCUCUGAUAUGAAACUGUGCUUAUGAAAAGAAAGCAAUGGGAGAAUUCUGAGUCUAUUCAUGUAGCACUCUGUUCCUUACACAACAGUAAUCCCUGACUUCAAACACUGUAGAGUUAGAAGCUCUCAAGGAAAAGCUUAAAUUGUUCUAAUAAUUGUUAGCUAUAAAAUAGCAGAAGCACUUAUGCUGAAGGACAGAACAUGAAACCCAUUUAGUGUUUGAACCAAAUUACUUAAUGUGCACAGACAUCCCACUGUCAUUAAUAGGAGAUACAUGCGUGAGGUGACAAGCAAACAUACCCCUUGUUUAGGAGGAAAAUGGAAGGAUUUAAGUCUGUGGAAGAAGCACAAAACUCCAUUUGUCUCAUUUAAGUAUUAAGUUACUAAUUAGAUGUGGUUUCUUAAACCUCAUUUAUAAAUAUUUCUCAGGUUGAAGAUAAAAAAUUACAGUUGUUAUCCAAAUUGUAAAUAUACCAUUGACCAAAAUAGCUAGGGUUUUUUAAAUCUCAUGGCUGCUUCUCAACACAUGGUAUUGAAAUGUUUGAUAACAAAAGGUCCUCUCCCUCUCUCUCCCCCUCUCUCUUUUGUUGCUUUAUGAUCAAGAAGUUUCUCUACUGCUGCUUUAAAAUGGCAGUUAUUUUUCACUCCAUAGACAAGUCAAUGUGAUUUCCACAUGAGAAAGGAGCACAAAUAUUGCAGUUCCAUUUUCCUCCAACUCAUCCUUUCAUGAACAGAUCAAUCCUUGAAACCGUAAAUUUAUUAUGUAAAAAGGAAGCUAGUCAAAUGCUUAGCAUUUUAAAAACUGGGAUGACAUUUGAAUCUUGGGAUUUCUAGGCAUUUUUUUUCUUUUUCAAAGACAACUAUUUAUGUUUCUUAUUGCAUGGUCACCUUUUCACAUUCCUGCGAACUGAAAUUCAGUGUGAUGCUCCUCUGUAUGAAAUCCUGGAAUAAAUACAUUGGAAAACAUUCAAGUUGAGUAAUCUGGUAAGGAUUUUUUUAUCCAGUUUCUUCACUUUCGUAAAUAAAAAAAAAAACAUCCUCUUUAGCAGAAAGGACCUAA